GCGCCGGUGCUGUGGUUUGCUAGCCCUUUAAGAGGCAAGCAACGGGCCGUUUCCAGGACGACAAGUAACGACAAAACCCCACCGGUUCGGCUCGUCCGUACACGCCACGACCCGCGGCGGCAGCGAUGUGGUCCGGACUGUCCGUGAGGAAGGACGUGAAGAGCGUUUCUUUAAAAACGCUGAUUUUGUCGCCCUGCUUCCGGACGUGAAAUGGCUCCACCUGCUUCCUCCCCACCGGUGGCUUUCGUUUAACUGGAAGCAAACGUGCUGCCACUCCACCAAACACUUUCACUUCCAAGGACAAAAAGACGCUAAAAUCUAGAUACUAUGGCGCAGGAAAAGGUGCAAUAACAACCGCCGCGGAUGCCAAAUCGCCACCACUUCCGGUUAACAGCGGCCACUUUGUUGUCAUCGGUUUAAAAUAUCGUUAAAGCGCUAACAAAACAACAUUAAAAAACGUUUGACUUGGAAGUGUUCAAGAUGAGCAAAAGUUUGAAAUCAGCCAGCAUGCCCGAAGUGGAGGAGCACAUAUCCAUGAAAUAUGAAAUAAGGAAACGACUUGGCAAAGGGGCGUAUGGCAUCGUGUGGAAGGCGGUGGACAGGGAGACGGGCGAGGUUGUGGCCGUGAAGAAGAUUUUCGAUGCCUUCCGGAACAAGACGGAUGCUCAGCGGACGUUCCGAGAGGUGAUGUUCCUGCAGGAGUUUGGAAACCACCCCAACGUGAUCAAGCUUCAAAAUGUGGUGCGGGCGCAGAAUGAUAAAGAUAUUUAUCUCAUCUUUGAAUACAUGGACAGCGACCUGCACGCGGUCAUAAAGAAAGGAACGCUGCUGAAGGACAUCCACAAGCGUUACGUCAUGUACCAGCUGCUCAAAGCCGUUAAAUAUUUGCACUCUGGAAACGUCAUCCACCGAGACCAAAAGCCUUCCAACGUGCUGGUGGACUCGGACUGCGUAGUCAAGCUGUGCGACUUCGGCCUGGCCCGAUCCCUCAACCAGGUCCAAGAGGACAGCGGGAACCCGGCAUUGACGGAGUAUGUGGCCACCAGGUGGUACCGAGCUCCUGAGAUCCUGCUGGGCUCCACCAGGUACACAAAGGGUGUGGACAUGUGGAGUCUGGGCUGCAUCCUGGGCGAGAUGCUGCUGGGGAAGGCUUUGUUCCCCGGGACGUCCACCAUCAACCAAAUAGAGAAGAUCAUGAGCGCCAUCCCGCACCCCUCCCCAGAUGAUUUCCUCUCCGUCAAGUCGGAAAUCGGGUCAUCGUUCAUCCAGAAGAUGUUGCUGAAGCCACAAGUGCCUUUGGAGGAGCUCCUGCAGUCUUCAGUACCUCCAGACGCUCUGGACCUGCUGAAGGGCUUGCUGGUGUUCAACCCGGACAAGAGGCUGACUGCAGAAAAAGCCCUGCAGCAUCCUUACGUGGCCAGGUUCCAUAAUCCAGCCAAGGAGCCUGCUCUCACCUACGACGUGACGCUGCCGCUGGAUGACGACGUGCAAUUAUCUGUGGAGCAAUACCGCAACAAACUUUAUGAGAUGAUCCGAGACAGGAGGACGCUCACGUUCAUCCACCCCAAAGACACGAGCGCCGGCAGGGACAGGAAAUACCACGUGAAGGACAAAGCAGGGAAGGCGACCAACGACAACCAGGGAGCAAAGACAGAAGAGGCGAACGCAUCACCGCCGCCCCCCCCGUCAGAGAACCCUGCCGUGAGCAAAUCCACGUACAACCCCAUCACGCACACUCAAAGUGGUUUGGUCCAGACCAGCGCGGGCAGGAGAGCAGCAGGGCCCGCCAGUGGCAGCGCAAGCACCUCGCCAACAGAGGGCGUCAGAGCCCACACGUCCAUGGACCAGAUCAUCCAGCGUGGCCGUUCGGCCCCCGCCCACCACAGCCGCUCCUUCUCCGUGACGCUCACCCAAGCCCAGAACAACCCGCUGGUACGCAAGAACGACACGCCUCUGUCCUCGGGACUGAGCGUCGCCUGUGCCAACCCGAACCAGCGCUCCAUCUCUCAGGCCCGCGAAGGUCGACCGGCCCCCCGCUACAGCAAGAAGGUCUUCCAGAAUAACUGCAACGUGUCGGCUGCGGGGGACCCGCGCGCCAAGCUGGGCAGCUAUUGCCAGGCCUACGGUACCAUCAGCAAGACGGAACUGGACAACCUGCUUCAAGCACGCGCCUGCAACCAGUAGAUGACCCGCCUCCAGCCAGGGUGCAGGAAACUCCUCCGCAUGUCUGAGACAUGUUUUCUCUUCACGCUGUUGCAGUGAAGGAGCAACUAAGAGGAGAGUGUCUUAGUGAGACUGCAGCUUCCAUUUCGUUCACGGGAAAUACUCCUUUUUGUCUCGCAAAGGUUAAUUUUGAUAGGUUUUGAAGCACAAACGUGUGUUUAGGAAAUGCUAAGAAGCCAAAUAAAGAGUACAAACAUGAUUUCUCAUGUUGAACUACACCCGUUAUCUCUCAAAUGAGAUGUAAAAAAUCAUAAAGAUGACUUUUGAUUGACACUGACACUGAGAUAUUUACAUUCUUAUGACCAAAAUAUUCCUUAGCAAGUGGUGUUGCAGUGCUGCGUCAUAAUA